AUCGUCUAUACUUUGCGCGUUUAACUUGGAUGACAUUUUUUUAUUCCAUCAUUAGCAACAGCGAGUGACCGAGGAGUGGCAGGGCUGAGGCCGGGAUGACAUGUGUUCUGCGCCCCUUUGCUCGUCUCGCAGGUGACUUCGUUUGACCGCAAGUUCCGCCGCGCCUCUCCGCACCGAAGACCCCUCAAAUCUUCUGACCUCACCCGUGAAACUCACAGCGCCAAGAUGCCAGAAACCACGCAGGAGACGUCGGUCAAAGACUCUCCUUUCUUUAUCAAGAAUCUGCUCAACUGCGACAGCAAACCGUCCAAACCUAAACCGGUUCUGGCCGCGACCAAAGCGGCUCUGGAGGGGGGCUUCACCUUGUCCCAGGUCGGGGACUUCAGCUUUCCGCGCUUUGACCUGCCGGCGCAAAGGUUCAGCCUGCCGGCGCACUACCUGGAGCGGACCUCGGCCUGGUGGUACCCCUACACUCUCAGCUCCACCACUCACCUCCACAGAAGCGACGUGUCGGACAAACUUGCGGUCAGAGAUUCGUCUCCAGCUUCAGGCACAGACAGAGACUCGCCAGACCCGGUUCUGAAGUCGGAACCGGACGCGAAAGACGAGGAAGAGGAUGACGAGCACAACAACAACAAGAGCGGAGACGAGAUCAUCCUGGAGGAGAGCGACAGCGAGGAGAAGAAGGACGACCUGGAGGACUGGAAGAAGAGGGACGACGACAAGAAGCCGUGUCGCAAGAAGAAGACUCGCACGGUCUUCUCGCGCAGCCAGGUCUUUCAGCUGGAGUCCACCUUCGACAUGAAGCGGUACCUGAGCAGCUCAGAGCGGGCCGGCCUGGCCGCGUCCCUGCACCUUACCGAGACCCAGGUCAAGAUCUGGUUCCAGAACCGCAGGAACAAGUGGAAGCGGCAGCUGGCGGCGGAGCUGGAGGCCGCGAACCUCAGCCACGCGACGGCGCAGAGGAUAGUCCGAGUGCCGAUCCUCUAUCACGAGAACUCGGCGUCAGAGGGCGCCGGUGCCGGGGCCGGUUCCGUCCCAGUCAGCCAACCGUUGAUCACCUUCCCUCACCCGGGCGUCUACUACUCACAUCCCAUCGUCACGUCGGUACCGCUGCUCAGACCGGUGUGAGAGACUCCUCAAAAUAAAGACUCAAUAUUUUUGUACAAGUGAGUAUAAAUAAAAACUGUCAGGCUUCAAAGAAUAUGUUUUAAAUUACGCCGUUUCCCACCAAUUUACUUGUAUUAUUUUAUUAAUAUUAUUUCAGCAGUUUUUCACAAUAGCUGCCGGACAUUUCUGGACUGUUUGUUUUCUAUAAAACAAAAUGGUGAUUGACUUUUUAAUGGUUCCUUCUUGCUUGCGCUCUUCUCCUCUCACACACAUUUUACCUGUCGGUAUUCACCGAGUAAAAAUCGUAUCGGUUAUUUAAUUUUGGUCGAAUUGAGAAGCAGGAAAAUAACAUUUCAUUUUAUUAGAUAAAUGUUAAAAAAAAAAACACUUGUUGCCACACAUUUUCUUUUCUUUUUUGUCGUCAGAGCACUGGAUUUUUCAACCUUGAAAGCAUGUUACAUUUGAACAUUUGAAACGACAUUUCAACAAUCACCUUUAGGUUUAUUGUCCUCAAAAGUAACACUUUCUGCUCACACCACAUUGAAACUACCAAAGAGUCUACACGAAAGGGAAAUGCUUUUCUAAAACCACUACAUUUUUGGGAUGAAAAACUAAAUCUAUGUUGUUGAAAGGAGCAAAUAUUGAUCAACAAAUACUCCAGAAAAUGUCAUUAUAGCUCUUUUGAAAUGCUGUCAUCCAUUAGAGACUAGUAGUAGAGCAGCAUUCCUUUAUGCUGGUAAAGAGGUGACCAGGUCCAUGCUUCUGAUGACUCACUAAAUGUAUUUAUCUACAAGAGUUUUAGCAAUUGUGAAAAACUGUAUUGUUGUUAUUAUUUCUCAGGUUUUCCACAGCAUUUUUUAAAGAAAGAAUGUUCAAUCAAACUUCAAUUCCCAAACUGCUCUUGAGCAUGGCAGCAUCAUGAAAUCAGUCCAAAGCGAUCAACAUAUAAGAUGGGAUUCAGAAUUUAACUGGCUGUUUAAGGCAGAAGGACACCUUAUUUAUAUCUGCCCACCACACUCACUGUGAAGUACCAAAUGUCUGCAUGACAUUAACAAACAUCAAUGAGGGUAAAUCAGAAAGUGCUGUUCAGAAUCACUACAACACCCAUGUGUGCAAUACAAUGUGUGCUGUGAAUGAGUCCAUCUCUUUGUUUUAUCAACCUGUAAUAUAUUUUUAUUUUUUAUAAGCUUGAUAUGUGACAAUCAAACACUGAACUGUACAAACAAAAUAACAACCUUUGUGUCUUUAUGUUUAGUUUUAGUGAGUCCCUUCGCGUUCUACUGACACGUCAAAAACACUGUUACUGUACAAAAUAUGUAAAUGUAUAUAUUUAAAGGAAGCCGGAUUCUUUGUACAGGUUACAAGAACAUUUUGAUAUUGUUGCUGAACCAUGUUGUGGAAU